UGCUUUUCCCCUCCGCCCUCCGCAGCCGCCACUCAGCGCCUCACACAGACAGCCAUGGCGGCGGGCUCCAAGGAGAGGAGGAACCCGGCGACCUGCCUCACCGACGACCUCAUCGUGGAGAUACUCUCACGACUGCCUGUCAAGUCGGUCUGCCGCUUCAAGUGCGUGUCCAAACACUGGCUUGGCCUCAUCUCCCACCCCGACCACCGCAAGAAGCUGCCCCAGACCCUCGCCGGCAUCUUCUACCACACCACCAGCAGCGAGCUCUUCCCCGAGUUGGUACGCCACUUCACCAAUGUCACGGGGAAGGGCGCGCCCCUGAUCAGCCCCUCCCUGUCCUUCCUCCCGGGCCACGCCGACAUCACCCUCUUGGACUGCUACAACGGCCUCCUCCUCUGCCGUAGCCGGACGACCGCGGGCGCCAACCGCUACGUCGUCUGCAACCCGGCGACCGAGGAAUGGGUAGCGUUGCCUGAGUCCAGUGAGGCUGGUAACAUCUGUGAUGCGCGGCUAGGGUUCGAUCCGGUCGUUUGCCCCAACGUCCAUGUGUUUGAGUUCGUGGAGAGGCAUGAACCUGUAUAUGGCUACUUUCCAGCAGAAUAUAUCAGUGGGCUUGAGAUCUACUCGUCGGAGACCGGGCAUUGGGCUCACAGGGACAGCGGAUGGAGUGACGAUGUGGCCUAGCUUGUGGCAUGGGAUGAGCAAUGUAUUUCUCAAUAGGUUUCUUCAUGUUUUGGCAUAUGGGCAUGGGAAUGUUGAUGUUGUACUGGUGGUUGACACCGAGGGGAACUCAUGGAGGACCAUCCCCGUGCCGCAAGGCUAUGACGACGGUUUCAUUGGACACUCUUAAGGGCACUUGUACUAUCUCACUAUGGUUGAAGAACAUGACUUGAAACUGGAGAACAUGACUUGAAACUGUCACUGUAUGUUCUUGAGGACUAUGCUAGUGAUGAGUGGAUCUUCAAGCAUAGUGUCAUGAUUUCGAAUUUAUUCAAAAUGAGCCGUUUUGCU